AGCGUUCAUCCAAAGAAUUCCAUACCGGAAUUAACAACGUCCGCCACCGGCGCCGUCAACCUGCAGGGCGCCGGUGGAAAUUCAGCUACUGUGGGUCGAAGUCGAAGAAGAAGAAGAAGAAGAAGAUGGUGGCGGAACCUCACAGUACAGGAAAUCAUACAAGGAGAAAGGUUAGCUGAGAAGAAGUGGGACACUGAAAGGCCCGAGGAUGCAAUGCAAGGAAAGUGAGUGAGAAAGUGGGCGGAGCCGAGGGAACAAAGCUCGAUGAGGACUUCACCGAAAUGGAAAAGAAGGUGGACACCACCACCCGGGCAGUGAUGGACAUCAUGACCAAGACUACAGAGUACCUGCAGCCCAACCCAGCCACCAGAGCCAAGAUGAGCAUGAUGAACUCCAUGUCUCGCAUGCGCGGCCAGGAGAAGGGACCCGGCUACACCCAGACAGAAGCCGUCCUGGGAGAGUCCAUGCAGCGCUUCGGUCGGGAGCUCAGCGAGGAGUCCAAUUUCGGCCUGGCUCUGAUCGACGCCGGCGAAUGCAUGCGCGAGCUGGCAGAGGUUAAGGACGCCCUGGACAUGGAAGUCAAGCAGAACUUCAUCGACCCGCUGCAGAACCUCCACGAGAAGGACCUCAAGGAGAUCCAGCAUCACCUGAAGAAGAUGGAGGGCCGGCGUCUGGACUUCGACUACAAGAAGAAGCGCCAGGGCAAAGUGACGGACGACGAGCUCAAGCAAGCGCUGGAGAAGUUUGACGAAUCCAAGGACAUCGCCGAGCUCAGCAUGUUUAACCUGCUGGAGAGCGACAUCGAGCAGGUGAGCCAGCUGGCGGCGUUGGUCCACGCCCAGGUGGAAUAUCACAGCCGGGCCGCCGAGAUCCUCACGCAGCUGUGCAGCAAGAUCGAUGAACGGAUAAAGGAUUGUUCCCACAAGCCCCGGAAAGAGUACGUCCCCAAGCCUCGCACCACUCUGGAUUUCUCCUCCAUCAGCGAGAACCACAAUGGAGGCAUUCACAGCGCUCGUUCUCCGGGGGCGAGGUCACCAGCGAGGUCUCCAGGUGAGACAAAGCAGAAGGUUCAGCGUCGUCAUCUCAUCCAUCGUCGCCCCGCCUUUUAUGUUAAAAGAGCGAGUUUGCUCACCCCCCCCCCCCCCAUUGACAUUCUUUCUUUCCAUCCAUCUACAUUUGCUUUUGCUGUGAUGCAUUUUCUUGGGGGGAGGUCUCACCUCUGUUCUCCUUUCCCCUUUCACAGCAAGAUCACCAGGUGAGCACGAGUGACUGGCAGGAGACGCAACAUCUCCGGAUCGCUCUUUCCUCGUCCGUUAAUGUUUUCAUUUGAACGCAGUUGGCGGUUCCUCUUUGUCCGCAGUGCAGCGCACAAAAAUCGUCUUCACUGAUUUUGUGUGCUUGUCUGUCUAACCCCCUUGUUUCGUCUUUUGUUGUUCAAAAUUUGACACUCAGGGAAACGCACAAGCAGCCCCAAAAAUAAAAGUCAGCCCCAUUCCAAAACAAAAAUGUGCCUUUGAAACAUUUGGAACCAAUUUUUAAAACAUUUAUUUUUCAAAUUUGUAAUUCAAUUUCAUUAAUUUGAAUUUUAUUGCAUGUAAUAUUUGUAUUUGAAACUUAUUUUUUUGGUUCUAAUUUGAAUAAAAGUAGUUAAGUUUAUUGUAGCUUAUUUUUAUACAGAUUAUAAAAUAUAUAUUUAUUGUUGUUGUGAUGUUGAUUUUUAAAUAUUUCAAUUUCAGCCUAUUUUUAAUGUAUUUUUUUACAAUACAUUUUUGUUAUUUUAAUAUAUUUCUUCUAAGAAAGUAAUGCCAAUUUAAUUUAUUUUGUAUUUUUUGUUUUAAUAUAUAUUCUUAUUUUAGUACAAAUUAUAAUUAAUUAAUUAUUUAAUUAUAAUAAUUAUGGCCAUAAAUCCACGGCUACUGUCACGAAAUAACAAAAUCGAAUGAAUUUUGCUCUGCCGCACUCGAAAGGUCACAAAAAUUGCAACAUAAAAAACAAUCCUUUUGCAGUUUGUCAGAAAAGGAUGGCUGAGGUUAAAGGUCAAAUCUAUUGGGUUGAUGUCCCUUGAGCAAAAAAAGAGGAAAUGUGGAGUUAAUUUCAUGUUUUCAGUCAACCAAAACCAUUAAGAAUUGUAUUUUGUUUUUAAAAAAAAUAAUAAUAAUAAUAAUCACAUUUUUAUUUAAAGUAAUAAGUAAUAGUUUUCAAUAAGUUUAGACACUCUUAAAAAUAUAAAUGGACUUUUUCUGUUUCUACUUUUUUACCUGGAAAUUCUUUUUCAAGUUUAGUUUAUAUUCUGUUUUAUUCUUUGUAGUCAUUUUAUUAGUUGCAUUUUUAUUUUUAAUUAAUUUGUAGGUUUAUAUUUAUUAUAUUACUGUUUUAUAUAUAUAUUUCUUUUUUUUCAGUUUUAGUUUUUUUUUGUAAUUCAUUCAUUCAUUCAUUUCCCGUACCGCUUAUCCUCACUAGGGUCGCGGGUGUGCUUUGUUUUUUGUUUUUUCUUUUAAUUUACUUCUACUUUAUUGGUACAUUUUAUUUCAGUUUUGUAUUUUUUUUUGUUUUGUUAAUAUAACGCUAUUUUAUUUGACCUUUCUUUACUUUCAUUUUUCUUCAUUUAUUUGAAACGUGUGCUUCAGGUUAGCUUAGCAUAGUAGUAGUUCCACUUUUGAUGACCAAAAUGUCAAACUACACCUUUAAUGAACCACUGUGUGUCAAAUUGUUGUCGUAGCCAUCUUGUUACUGACCUUUUCCUUCUUUGGCUUUCUCUUUCGGCUGCGCAUCCUUUCGCCCGUCUUCUUGUAUUCAGCCCGGUCACCAGCCCCCAUGGACCAGCCGUGCUGCCGCGCCCUCUACGAUUUCGACCCUGAAAACGAGGGCGAGCUGGGCUUCAAGGAGGGCGACAUCAUCACUCUGACCAACAAGAUCGAUGAGAACUGGUACGAGGGGAUGCUGCACGGCAACUCUGGCUUCUUCCCCAUCAACUACGUAGACAUCCUGGUGCCCCUGCCGCACUAGAGCGCCACCUGCCGCUCGUUGCAGUAAUGCAGUAAUGACCGUUGAAAAAAAAUUCAACAACAGAAAAAAAUCAUCUCUUCCUUGAAAAACCCUUUCAUUCCCAAUUGAACCCAACUUAAGGGGCUCUAUUUUCGUAGACAGUGCAUCCGUGACGGCGCGCGAACGCCGGCGGAUCCUGAUUUUCAUGUUUGCAAAUUUGGCAGACCGUUCUGCUUCAAGCUGGGCGUUCCAGCGCAGUGAGGGAGUGUCGGUGGCAGAAAGUGGAUCUAAACUUAAACCUGCUCAGAGUAGACUACCGGUCUAAUGCAAUUUUGGUGAAUUUGAUCUGGGCACAGGUAGUCGGAUAUUGAGCUCUGCUGACAUAUUUAAGUUAGUAGCGGUUAUCACCGGCUCAUUCUGUAUUUAUUUAGUUGCCACACUGGCCAGAGUAGUGACAAAGCUCCAUUCACGCACGGAUCACCGCGAUUACGUAUCGUCCUCUUCCGCACAGAGAACGAUGCCAUGUCUCCGUCGAGACAUGGCAUCAGUUGUGCCACAUUUAAAGGGAAUGAGAGGAGCCGCUUUGAUUGGCGGCGACCGAAGUCAUAUGUAAAAACUCCCACAGUGGCGCAGCCCGCCCACUUUCAGAUCCGCCGGCCUGCCCUGGUCUCCGAAAUUACCAGCACCGGUCUAACCCGCCUCUGGCGCAACAGUUACGCCGCCCGCUACGCAGGAUUUACGCCGUUCAGGAAAAUAGAGCCCGUCUAUAUGCAACAACAAAGCAGCAAGCGGCCAUCGAAUAGUUUCAAUUCUGCAUCUGUGUGGUUCUCCAUCCUCGUUUUUCACACCUUUCAUAGUCCGCCAUCCCACUUUGCGUCCGUCUCCAUACUUUGUCAACGUCAGCUGCAGUAGAUGUAAUUUUCUCUAGAAAAAAACAUCAUGUGCAUCAUAUCUUUUAGCAAUCAAAAGGUAGAUCAAAAGCAAGUGAUUUUCACCUAUAUGGAUGACGCCGACAUCCUCCAUAUUUUUUGGGUUUGUUUUUCUUUUUUUUUCUUCUUCAUAUUUUUGGCAUCCUGUGUGAAAAACAACGAUGCAUUGUUGUUGGUUUUUUGUUUUUUUUUAAAUUAGAUAUUGGACAGCAGUUGUCUUGGCAUGUUGUGUAAAAUGGGGUUCAGAUAACAAAAUUAGUGAACAAAAAGUUUAAAUUCCAACCAUCUCCCACCAGUACUUUUAUUUUUGCAUGGGGGGGGGGGGGCAGUCUGUGUGAGAAAUGCAACGUCCGAGCCAUUGAUUAGUGAUGUCUCGAUUUCACGAAAGAUGUGACAUGAAAAUGAGAAAACUACGGAUUGUUUGCUCCGUAUAAAAUCAAACAUUUUUUGAAUGAUUGAUUUUUUUAAUUGUAAGGAUACAAUUUUAUCUCAUGUUCUAGAAAAAAAGAAACAUCACAUGUAUACAUUUUUUUAAAUAGCUAGUUUUUUUCCACUUAUAACAGUACGUGUUACAUCUUUUUUUUAAUCGUUUCAUGAAAUAUUUUGAAAAGCCGUCAUCUCGACAUGUUGUGAACAAAAACAAUUCAAAAUUGGACUCACAAGCUCCAGUUUUGGGGUGUUUUCUGUUUUUCUGUUUUGAAAUCAGUAAUGUCGCUACAAUAGAAUUUUCACUCACGUUCUGGAAAAAAACAUUAGUUAGCGACGGUAGACGACACAACCAAUAUUAUCGUCAAUAUUUUCGGCAUGUUGGAAAAUGAGUUUGGGUAACAGAGUUAACAAACAAAAAGGUAGCAACGGCUUUCCGAUGUCCACUUUCUCACUACUUGAUUUUUGCGUGUGAGAGGUGGGCGAUUCCAAAGCGUUUCCAUUGAGUGUGACAAUCUGCGUCCGAGCCAAUGAUUAGUGACGAUGUGAUUAUACGAAAAACACAAAUGGUGACGUCGCGUAAGAAAAUCCAAAUUGUAUCUGUGAGUGCGUGAUGUCGCACAUCCGAUAAGUGAUCGAAGUGAUGAUGUGAUUUUACGGAAAACAAGCUGUGACGUAACGUAAAACUAUGGUGGGAAGUAGAUGUUGUUGAUUUUUAAUCGGCAACAAUAGAUUUUCUCUGACAUUCAAGAAAUAAUAAUAAUAAUAUUUGUAAAAAAGGAGAUUUAUGCAAGUGUUAUUUGUUUGUCAUGAUACAUCCGCCGUCCUUCGUCAUGGUAUUUUUUUCAAUAUCUUCGAUAUGUAACAUAGGGUACACAUACCAAAGUUAUCAGUAUUUUUAUUUGUGUGUUUUUGGCGGUGCUAGUAUGUGACAUUCCACGUCCAAGCCACUGAUAACUGUAGUGAUGACGUGAUUUUACGAAAAACACAAGUUGUGACGUAACGUAAGAAAACUCCAGUCCGAAAUAUCUGUUUGGUUUUCUUUUUAUCGGCAACAUUGUUAUAAUAGAUUUUCGCUCACGUUGUACGAACAUCACAAUAGUUAGAGACAGUUGGCCAAAACAACUGUUUACAAGAAUACAUCCGACAUGUGCAAAAUGGGAUUCACCUACUUUUAUUUUUGCAUGUUGAAAGAUUCCAAAGUGUGUCCACGAGUGUUUGACAUUCCACUUUCGAGCCAAUGUUCAGUGAAGUGAUGACAUGAUUUUACGAAAAACAAAUGGUGGUGUGAUGUAAGAAAACGACAGUGCGUGCGCUCUCUGUGAGCAUUUCUUUUUUUCUUUCAAAACAGCAACUUGUGGACAAAAAACGUUGAUGUCACGAUAUAAUCCAACAUGUAGAACUUUACUGCUUUGUUUUUUGUUUUGUUCGUCUGGCUGCAUCCUCACUAUCGUCCGGUAAGAAUUUUCUCGUAGCUUAGCCAGUCGGAGAAACCAGACUUUUUUUUGUUUGUUUUUGUCUCGCCGGAUUGAGAUAUUAACCCUUCAAUAUCCAUUGAUGUCAUCUUCGUAGCUUGUGUAAAAGACGUAAGGAGAAAGUCAAACAUUCCCAUUGAGGACUCCUGUGGUUUGGUUUUCCACACAAAAAAAAAAACCUUUAUGACAGGAAUAUUUGUGAUGUGGUUGGCAUGAUUACCAUAAUAACGCGCACUGCAAGCGAGUAAGGGCGCAAAAAAAAAAAAAAAAAAAAAAUUUGAAACGGCAAAAGAACACAAGUCCUUUUUUGUUUUAAAAUUAUUGCCAUUAUUGACAUAAAAUGUACAGUUGAGCCAAAAUAUUGAGUUUUGGGGGGAUUGUGGUGACAUUUUUGGGCUGGAUAUGACGCAAGUGGCAAAAAAAAUGGUCAGAAGUCAUGGUUGUGUUAUUCAUAUCCAAUGCUUCAAAGUCAUAGUUUUGUUUACAGAGUCGACGUGUAGCUAGAGUUUAGCAACUCGGUAGGCCUCUGUACCAUACUGCAUAAUCAGAAUUGUUUAAAAUGAUGCAUAAGGUUGUAUUUCUGCAAUCUAUGAAUUUUGAAAAUGUCAAAAUAAAAACAAAUUACAAAGUGUCACGUGUGGGGAGUAGCUGGACCCAAGAGCAGGCGGAGGCAGAGGUAAAAUGAUGAAGACUUAUGGAGGUGGUCCUGGAUGUGUUGGCAGUGGACAGAACAGGCGGCAGGAAUGACGUGGGUCAGGAACACAAGGGAGCACUGGGAACGAGGAGACACACGAGCGUUAACAAGGGAGCGAGGAGUUAAGUGGCUUACUUGAGUACGGUGGUGCCGUGGUACCGCGAGGAGAGGCUGCAAUACUUAGGCGAGGAUUUCCGGGAACAGGCAGGCUUAUAUACGCCGGUGGUGAUGAGGCUGAUUGGAGACAGGUGCUGAAAACAGAGAGGGGAGGGGGGAGCGAGAGAGCACAAAGCGCCCUCCCGGCUCCAAUAAUGGAACUGCAGGGCAGUACAUGACAAAAAGGCCACUAUUUUGCACGCUGCUUCUGUCAUUUCCACCUCAAAGAUUCAAAAAUUCGACAAAAGGCACUCAAAAUGUGACCAGUUUAUGAAAUAUUUCUGGUUUAACAGUGAAAAGUUUUCCUUUGCUGUGAAUGUAAUAGGCCGCUGACAGGAAUGGUUGCCUGCUGGAUUAAUAUGCAUCUAACCUGUCCACGUGCAGCGACUAAAUGGCUACAAUUCCCGUGUCGUUGGUCUUGUUGUUAGGGAUUUAACGCGCCGACAUUUCAGUUUGUGUAAUAAAUGUAUUCUAAGCAGUCGGACGCGUCGAAGAGUAACGUACGUAGCUUGACGACCGUAGCCCCGUUUCCGUAAAAACGGCGCUAAGGCUUCUGUGAGGGCCGCGUGACAAACACUGCUCGCCACACCCUCGAGCUGGAUUCUGAUUGGUCCGCUCAUUUUGGGUCGGAUUAUGCCGUUCAAGUGUCUGUUUUGCGCCUCCCUUCUUGUUUCUUGUCAAAAGAGAAACUUUCAACAUGUUGCUGGCUAUCCAUGAAUAUCAUGUUGUUAUUUAUUUAUUUUUAAUAAGGUUUAUUUUCCCUCUUUUUUUUCUCUUUGACUUAAAAAAAAUACAAUGUGUAUCUUUGCCCUCAAUGAGGACUGUACAGCUAUUUCUGUGCUUUCUUUUUUGUGUGUAUGUGUGUGUAGUCGCUCAACCACAGUAACGUAAUCUUAUUUUUGUAACCAUGACAAAGUAUUGACAUGACUAUAUAGAUGUAAAUAUAUAUACACAUAAUAAUAUAAGACGGAAGGAAGAAGAGAUUCUCUGUGCUGCACAUGAUUGUUUUUUUUUUCUUUUUCUCUCUGUUUUGUUUCAUUCUUGCACUUUUUGGAUUUGACGAGCGUAAUCUUAAUGUAAAGACAACAACGUCAUAAGUCAAUGUCAUUUAUUCCAAUAAACUCAGAGAAAUGUGA